CAACUUUUUUCAUGAUGUAAGCAGCCUUUUUUAUAAUACCGAUGACUUUCAACAAGUGGAAGAACUUGAAACUGAAAACAAUUUAAAAAAAGAGUUCAAAUAUAAUGAAGAUUUAUUUGAACAACUUCUAGUUGAUGAUAAUGAUUCCA